AUUAAAUAAGUAAGUCAUAGAAACCAGUCCCCUUGGGUUUUGAUGAAGAACAUUCCGGCACCUGAUGUUUUACGAAAGAAAGCUGAAGUUUGUCAAACAGUCUGAGACUGCAGCCAAACUGAAGCCAUGGACUGGAAGCCCAUUCACUACAAGGACCUGGUCCGACCCAUGGUCUUCCCCCAGAGGAGGGACAGUCGGUUCGUAGAGCCAUAUGACCCACAGGAGGAGAACACUACCCUGAAGGGCUGGAUAGAAGAACAGAUCAACAUCGAGACGUUGGAGCAGCUGAAGCAGGCGUUUGCAGAGGCUGAUGCCAACCAAUCGGGACAACUGGAUCUGGAGGAAUUUAAGGCGCUACUCAAACAGAGGCUGUACAUCAAGGGGAACAAGGAGAACCAGAUAGACUCGUUGUUUAUGAAGAUCGACUGGUCGUCGGAGGGCGUGAUUUCAUGGGACGAGUUUUGCACCUACAUGCAGCUGGAAUACGCGGAAAAAGAAGACUCGUAUCUACGGUCCAAGGAAGUCAGCUUCCACCUACCUGCCAAGAUCCAAAACCCGCAGCAUAAAAACCCCAUCCUGAAAAUCACAGACACUCAAGAUGGAACCUUCAUAGCUUGUAGUCAGGACGGUAUGGUGACUUUCUGGGGAGCUAAUGUUGAACUCAAGGAAACUAAAUAUGUUGUGAACACUGAGGCCAAAAACAAACAGAAAACCAAAUGGAUCACAGACUUUGUCAUCAUGGCACAGUGGAAGAAGGUGCUUGUAGGAACAGGGGACCGGGAAAUUCAGUUCUUUGAUGCCUCCUCUUAUAAACCGUAUUGUCAGAUCAGCAGUUUAGAGACAGUGCCAUUGAAACUGGACUAUUGUGCCACUGGAUCAGAUGAGUGUUUGAUUCUAUAUGGAGACAGUGAUGGAUGUAUCAACAUACUAGUCAUAAACUCAGUGGGAGAAUGUCUCAGAACGUGGAACAAACUCCCCAGUAAAGAAGGGUUUAUAGCAGAGAUCAGUUUGUCAGAUGCUAUAUCCAAAUCCAAAAUCCAGUUCAUCCGAUGGAAAGUCCACAGGGACUGGGUUCAACAGUUGAAGUAUUACCAUGAAAUCGGUCAAGUUAUAUCCUGUUCAAAUCAUCAAGAAACAGCGUUAGUUAUAGGUUGUACAUCAGGAAGCACCCGAGUGGACCAGGGAGGGAACUCCAAUGCAGAAAAGGCCAAGAAAACCAACGCCAGAGUGAGGCUGGACGCUGAUCAGAAAGUAUUCUACGUCUACAAGGGGGUCAAGUGUUUUGACUUCUCUAAAGACAAGAACAUCAUCGUCACUGGCGGGAUGGACCGAAUCGUUCGUCUGUGGAAUCCAUACGUCUCGGAUAAACCCACUGCCAUGCUUCGAGGACACAAUGCUCCAAUAUUUUACUUGUUUAUUGCCAAUGAUGAGAACCGUGUGUUCAGUUUAUCUACAGAUAAAUGUAUAAAGGUGUGGGACAUUUUGGAUCACAAUUGUCUGCUGACAGUGAGACCCAAGGGUCACAAGAUCCGAGGUGACCUUCAGGCCUGUCAUUACUCCAGCGCCGCUAAGAGCAUCGCCAUAGCAACAGAUCAAAUGGCCAUCCUCAAUCUUAAACUAAAACCGACGAAGCAUGCUGACAUCACUAUCACCCACAAAGAACCGGUGACGUGUGUACGGUUCAAUCCGAGCUUUAAGCAGGUCAUCACAUGUUCAGAGAGCUCGGUAAUCAAACUUUGGGACCUGGAGACAGGAACGCCUAUCUUUGAGUACGGCGACGCCCAUGGAGAUUCAGCUAUAACCUGUAUGACCUUUGACAACACAGGUAGAAGGCUAAUUACUGGAGGUAGAGAUGGAAUCCUUAAAAUCUGGAACUAUAACAAUGGACAUUGUCUCAAGGUUCUCAAGAAAGAGAAUGACAAUGAUGAGAUUUGUGACAUAACCUAUGUGGAGAUGAAUAGAAACAGGUAUGUGGUUUCAGUCGGAUGGGACAAAAGAAUCAACAUUUACUCAGAUUCUGUGACGGAUGUCAACAUCCACCAUGUGCAGCAUCCGAAUCCCAACUGGUCUGAUGACCUGAAACACGGUCACAAUGAGGAUAUCCUCUCCGUGGCCCAGUGUCCGCCAAACCUGUUGGCGACUUCGGGAUACGAUGGUGAGGUCAUCGUGUGGAACAUGGUCUCGGGUCACAUCUUCUGUCACUUGUCAGCCCCGAUACCCAGGGAAUAUGAGGACCAGUCAUUGGAUGGAGACCUGAGUAUCAACAAGCUCCUGUUUAUCCAGAGCCGCGCCUACAACAAAGACUCCGCCUCUCUGAUAGCCAGUGGACCCCGCGCUCACAUCCACUUCUGGAACGUCUUCCAGGGGGGCACCCUCAUGGCACAAUUCCCCGGGUCCACGACUAAAGGAGCCAUGAUCAGCACCAUGGCCAUCACCGACACCGCGGAGGGAAACGAGGAUGACAUCAUGCUAAUUGUCGGGGACAGCUUCGGUUUCAUCUUCCUGUUUGACAUCUCGGGCUACUGUCUGAUGGCAGCCGAGGAAGAUCCUCCAGAGUUGAUCCACACCUGGCGAGGUCACAUAGACAGCAUCACCUGUAUUGAGCUAGUGGAGAAACACAAACUCCUGAUGACUGCCUCCAACGACUGCACCGUCAGACUCUGGAACUUCGAUGGAGACUACAUCGGGACAUUUGGUCAGCCUGACUCCUGGGAUAUCUACAAACCGUCCACGUACCGGCACCCCAUGGUUCCCUACGAUGUACUGAUUGACCCUAUGAGUCUCCCCACCCACCCGGUCAUCGAAGAGAAGCAGAAUACUCAGCAGAUCAUCCAUGAAGGAGAAAACGGUCAUUUAAAAGCUCCCCAGUUUACAUUUAAAAAGGAACAGUUUUACAUUGAUGAUGAUCAAAUAGCAAAAGAACUCCACAAACUUCAGAGCAUCCUAAAAGACGAAUCUCUCACAGAGGAACAAGCAAAGGCUUACAAAGGCAAAUGGUUGAGACAUGAGAAGACCAAAAUAAAGGAAAUAGACCGUGGUGGCCCGAUUUUCUUUGUUUCUACGAGCUGGGCUGCCUGCCCCACUAAGUGGACAGAAUACAAUGGGAGGUGCUAUUUCUUCACAACACAAGCAUACCGAUAUAAUGACGCCCUUAAUCUCUGCAGCACACGCAACUCCACCCUGGUGAUCAUCAGAAGUAAUGAUGAUUGGAGUUGGUUGCGCGGGAAGAUCCACACCCUGCAGACUGACAACUACUGGAUCGGUUUACGAGUGUCCAACAGAUCCUGGGUAUGGGUGGAUGGAACGACCUACAAUCAGGCCAAUGUACACUGGUUCCACAACAUAACGCCAUCAGUGACGGAUGCACGACAUAGUUGUGGGGCGAUGAACUCUUACUCAAAUGUCUACGGGCAGGUGUAUGCUCGUUACUGCUUGGAGUCGCAUCGCGUGGUCUGUGAAAAACCUAAUGACUCCUUUGAACUGUGUGACUCGAGCGACAACUGGGAGUACAUCAAUGGAUUCUGCUACAAACUGUUUGACCAGAAGAGCAACUGGUUUGACGCCCGGUCAAUUUGCCACCAGUAUAAUGCUGACCUGUACGUCCCCUCCUCCUACAGAAUGGUACAGUCCAUCAGUGACCUCAUUCCCUGCCGCGCCCCCGACCAGAAGGCCUGGAUAGGGAUCUCAGACACUAGCUGGCCCGGGCACUUUGUGAACACUAAGAACCAGACACUGCGAUACCAGGCAUUCUAUUCAUUUGGAAGAGUGAUAGUACAGAAAGGAUCAACUUGUGUUUAUGCUAAUCCCAUGACAAAUUUCUACUGGCAAGCUACUGCAUGUAGUGAUGAAAACAAGUUUUUGUGUGAGAAAAAAGCAGGGACUUGUCCUGUUGGCUGGCAGGGUUACCUUGACAACUGUUACCAGCUCAAUGAUGCAAGCAGCUCUAGGAUCACAUGGUUCUUGGCCAAGCAGUUUUGUGAGAAUCAGAAUACAUCCCUUUUGGUCAUUGAGGAUGCAGGGGAGGAUGGAUUCAUCCAACAAAUAAUGAACAACCAGAAGAUCUCUGCUGCGUGGAUUGGAUUUUCUGAUUCGGACCAAGCAGGUACCCUAAAGUGGAUGAGUGGUCAGACAUUGUCCUCCAGUAACUACACAAACUGGAGUCCACACUACCCCCAGAAACACCCCAACCAAACAGACUGUGGCAAGGUUGAGGCCGGGCCAUCCUCAUCAUCAUGGUCAAAUGGAUACUGCUUUAUUUCUCUGCCAUUCAUCUGUAAAGCCAAAGUGAUUACAAAGGUCACAAGCCCAACAAAACCAGCGACCAGCCACUGUGACCCUGGAUGGACUCUGUACCGGUCGGACUGCUACCUGUUUGGUAAUGACUCUGCCCAGUCCUGGACCAACGCCCGCCAUGUCUGUUACGGCUACAACGCGGACCUCACCACCAUCCGCGAUCCCUACGAACAGUCCUUCAUCACAGCUCAUAUACCAGAUAUAGGAACAUCAUGGAUUGGACUGAAAUAUAGCAGUGAAUAUAAAAAAUUCAGAUGGGUGGAUUCAAGAUUUGUAAAUGGAAACUUUCAAAACUUUUAUCCCGGUGAACCGGAUGAUGUAGAUGACGGAGCUUUCUGUAUCAAGAUACAGGCAGGUCGGCAGGAUUUCACCGGGUCCUGGGACGACCAGAACUGUACCAGUCCUCUCAGCUUCAUCUGUAGGAAACCCUCAGUUCCUGGUUCACAGUCCACAGUCAUACCAUCAACCACUCCAGCGCCCUGGAAUGCUGCCUGUGGCCAGGGCUGGAUCUCCAACAAGCUGAGCAACACCUGUUACCAGGUGGUGCUGGGUAAACCCAAGACCUGGAAUGAGGCAUUGUGGGAUUGUAACCGGAUGGGUGGGACCCUGCUUAACAUUGAGAGCAUUAGAGAGCAGCAUUACAUUCAAGGAAUUCUAAGCACCGGUCAGUACGCCAGCAUUCAGUCCAACUUCUGGAUUGGGGGGUCAGACGCCACUCGGGAGGGGGGCUGGGAGUGGAUCAACACCACCCAACCCUUCGCCUAUCUAAACUGGCACCCAGGUGAGCCUAAUGAGGCGUUGACGGGUGAGGACUGUAUGGAGAUGGUGACAUCCUGGGGGUACCAGUGGAACGACAAGCGCUGCGACCAUGAACAGCAGUACAUCUGUAAAAAGCCAGCCCUAUUGCCUUCGACACCAGCAGGGGCUCCUACUCCGCUCUCACCGUCGAGCUGUGAUCCACAGCCCCUGUUGUCUGGAGACUACUCCGUUUUAGAUGAUGUCAUCAAAGCUACAUCACAACGUGACACUAUUCAUGGUUCACCAAGCUCUAGGAUUUACCCUGGAAGCAAAGGUGGCUGGAGUGCCCAGCACAACAAUAAGGGGGAGUUUAUCCAGGUAUCUUUCUACAACAUGGCCAUUAUGAAGGGGGUGGUCACAAUGGGACGGUCGGACGCCCUGGAGUGGGUCACUCAUUACAAGAUCCGGUACCAGUACGACUACUACUCGGAGUGGAACUGGUAUGAGGAACCUCCGGGCCAGGUCAAGAUUUUCACAGGUAACACAGACAAUGUCAACCAAGUCAACAACACAAUACAGUUCCCUUUUGAGGCCAAGUCUGUCCGACUGUACCCCGAGACAUGGAACGGGGGCAUCUCUCUACGCUGGGAGAUACUGGGAUGUAUCGAAGACUUCUGUAUGGAUGAGUAUGCUGUGAGUGGACCACUGAUCGUGGACGAUAACAAGAUCACUGUGUCCACCAUCAGGGACCCCAGUCACGGUGGCCCAGCGGCCCGCAUCCAGAGCCUGAACCCCCUGAGGACACCCCUGGGAUGGAAGGCGGCUGUGGAUGACACUAAUCAGUGGAUCCAGGUGGACCUGGGUAAAUCUAUGAUCAUCCGCGGAGUGACCACCAUGGGGAGUGUCUCUAGGCAGGAGUGGGUCACAUCCUACAACAUCCUGUAUAGGCUGAACACGCAGGAGGACUUCUAUCAGGAGCCUUACGGAAAUGUCAAGACCAUUCCUGGAAACGUUAACAAUAAUGAGACGGCAACCUACUUCUUUAAAUCCCAGUUUCAGGCACGAUACCUCAAGCUCAAACCUGUGACAUUCAGCGGGGGGAUCUCCCUCAGACUGGAUAUACUGGUCUGUCAGCACGGUUGUAAUGCUAAAGCCCUUAUUACGGGUCGUAAGAACCUCCCUGAUGAUCUGAUCGCUGCCUCCUCAUCAGUGGACACUGAACACGGUCCCGCCCGGAGCCGCCUCAAUCAGCCCGCCCAGGGACCGUACGCUGGGGCCUGGGUCCCUCUCUAUCAGGACCUGCACCAGUACAUAGAGGCAGAUUUUGGUGUUGAAAUACAACUAGUUGCCAUAGCAACCCAAGGUCGACAGGGAAGGUCCGAGUGGGUCAGCCAGUACACGCUGUCGUACUCGGUGGACGGACGGCAGUGGUUCCCCUAUGAUGCCUUCACCAGGGUGCCAAUUAAAUUUGAAGGGAACUUUGACAGUGACAGCAUCAGAAAGCAUUACUUGAGUAUUCCCGUGGUAGCCAGGAAAAUCAGACUCUGGCCCACUAAUUUCCACACCAGAAUCGCUCUACGAUGGGAAAUCUAUGGAUGUCCAGGGGCUGACUCAGGUGUCCGGGUGGGCUGUUACGCUGACAAUCCACAGGACAGGGACUUGACCUAUGAACCUUUCACCGACCCCUCAGUAGGGAUGUGGCCCCCAAUGUGUGUCCACCAUUGUUUUAACAAAGGAUAUUACUACGCCGGGCUCCAGUCCCAAUUUAAGUGUUUCUGUGGAAACUCGUACGGGAGAUACGGUCCUGCCAGAGACUGUAACCUGAGUUGUUUCCCUUUGACCAGGUACCAGUGUGGAGGAAAGCAGUCCAACAUGAUCUAUACAACAGGACUCAGUGCAGCUAACUCUGUCUGUCUGCCGGGCUGGAAGGACUACAACAACCAUUGUUACCUGAUGAUCCUGAACAGGUACAGCUGGAGCAUGGCCCGCUCCAAGUGCCAGACCAUGGGGGCCGACCUGGUGACCGUCAACAGCCAGGCUGAGCAGGACAUGAUCACCAGCAUCAUCAGCAGCAACUCGGGUUCUGACGCUUGGAUUGGCCUGAAUGACCAGCAUGAGUCGAACCUUUUUGAGUGGGUGAGGGGAGACAGAGUCCGAUUCACCAACUGGAACAUCAACCAACCGCGACAACCAGGGAACACCAACCAGAAAUGUGUCAUGCUCAAUGCCACAGACGGAGGGUGGCAGACUGACAACUGUGACUCCACAUACCAGUUCCUGUGUGAGGCGGACAAGAGACCGUCGGAGAAACCCACCACUACCCCACAGGUCCCAGGCUGUCAACCGGGGUGGAAGGCGUACCGCUGGUCCUGCUACCUGAUGAUUGACAUGCCACGAACGUUCAGGGACGCCCAGAGAGUGUGUCGGGACAGCAGGGCCACCCUGGUUCAAAUCAAUGACCGGUAUGAGCAGGCGUACCUGUCCAGCACUCUGGGACAGAAGACAGGUAUGUACUGGACGGAUGUGACGGACCUCAGGUCCCCGGGCACCUACCGUUUCUUUGACAAUGGUUACCCGUACCUGACCUACACUAACUGGGGGGAUCAGAGACCGGCAGGGGGUGUGUCUCGCUGCGUGGCCUUGAACUCAGGGGCUGGAGCCGGCCUGUGGUAUGACAUCAUGUGUAAUGUGACCUCUGGGGCGAUCUGUGAGAAGCUGAGGCUGGGGUACACCAGUCCCGCCACACCCCCUCCAACGACGCCUGGCCUGCCCUGCCCUGCAGGGUGGAUCGAAAUCAGCAACUUCUGCUAUCAGAUCAACAACAUGCCCCAGAAUAGGAGGGCUUACUACAAAGAUGCUCAACAGGACUGUCAGAACCAAGGGGCGAACCUGGCCAGCAUCCACAGCCUAACUGAUGCUGACGCCCUCUGGCGGAGAAAUCUUGUAGGAGCAAAAACAAAUUACUGGAUUGGAUUAGAUGAUAAUCAUGUUGAUGGAAACCAGAAAGUGUACAGAUGGACAGAUGGCUCCGCUGUGGAUUACGUGAACUGGGGCGACAAUGAACCCAACAACUUCCACGGCUCCGAGGACUGUGUGGAGUUAGUCGUCGGGAACGGGAAGUGGAAUGAUGUCAAUUGUUACUCCAAACGGAACUGGAUCUGUAAAAUAGCUAAAGGCUCAAGGUCCUACCAGAUUAGAACUACCCCCUUUGCUCCUUCCCCAGGACCUCCUGGAAGUUGUGGCUCAGAUGUUGGGUGGUUGUUCUACAAGAACCAUUGCUAUCUGGUCGUGGAUGGGGCGGGGAACCAGGCAAAGACAUGGCGGGAGGCUCGUCGUUUCUGUCAGAGUAAAGGAGGGGACCUUGUCUCUAUCGGCGGUGUACUGGAGCAGUUUUUUGUUCAGCAUCAGAUCCUGAACACCUCGGCUGCAGACCUGUGGACUGGAUUGAGUGAGGUGGACUUUGGUAUUGGAUACAGGUGGUCUGACAGUAGCACGGUGUCGUUCGUAAACUGGAGUCCCGGAGAACCCAAUGACUUCUUCGGAGCUGAGGACUGUGUGGAAAUCAGAGUGGCUGAUGGUAAAUGGAAUGAUGAGCACUGCUCCAGUCGGCGAGGGUUUGUCUGUGAGAAGAGGCAGGGUGCAGCCCCCACAAACCCUGUCCCCCCCAAAGUGACAGGGAACUGCCCCGGGGGAUACUCGGCGGACAGAUUCAGCAAUAAGUGCUACCGGGUGUUCACCACCCCCAUGUCAUGGUCCAAUGCCUCCAAGUUCUGUAUGGGGCAGGGCAGGGAGAAGUACUAUCUGGCCAGCAUCAACAGUGAACUGGACAAUGCAUUUGUAACAACCUUGCUUAGGGACAUGAACUUCAGUCCUUGGAUAGGGCUAGUGAAACAGAGCGAUGGAACGUUUCGCUGGGUGGACAAUAACGAUGUCACGUACACCAACUGGUACCAGGGGGAGCCCAACGGGAUCCGAGGAGUUACAAUGUGUGGGAGGAUCUAUGGUUACCAGCACAACGCAGGAAGCUGGGACGACAUGGGCUGCGACAACAAGGCGCCAUUCAUCUGUGAAACAAUGAGAAAAACCUACAUCACUACUCCAGAGCCCAUACCUAACCCCUGUAACAGCAAGCAGGGCUUUAAGCCAUUUGGCAAUAGCUGCUUUAAGUUUGUGACCAGCCCCAAAUCCUGGACUGAUGCCAGUAAGUACUGUAGCAACCAGGGGGCCUUCCUGGUCACCAUCUCCAGUGAGUUUGAGCAGGCCUUCAUCCGACUGAUGGUCGACGGAACCCAGACCUGGACCGGACUCAACGAUAUCAAGAGCUCCGGCACCUACACAUGGAUGAACACUGUGUGGCCGGUGAUCUACACAUCCUGGGGGGCGGGGCAGCCUAGCGUGAGUGCCGGGGCCUGUGUCAGUGUGAACAGCACCACCGGCAAAUGGCAGACCACCAACUGUACCCAGAGUCUGGCCUUUGUCUGUAAAAUCACCUCAGACAACCCUCCCGUGACUCCCCCGGCACCCAACAACCAGUGCUAUGGAUCUGAUUGGAUACUGAACGGCAGCAAGUGCUUGCUCUUCCGUCCAAAUGAUUUUAAGACGUACCUGGAUGCCACCCUGGAGUGCCAGCUCCACCACGCCUCACUGGUGUCUAUCCACAGCAUAUACCAGAACCAGUUUCUGCUACAAACCAUCAAGGCUAAAUACUCAGUACAGAUAGAGUCUAUCUGGGUCGGACUUCACAAAUCCUCCACGUCUGGGUUUGGGUGGUCUGACAAGAGUCCUACUAACUUCUUGAACUGGGACCAGAACCAGCCGUCAUCACAUGACCAGUGGGGAAACGAUGAGAACUGUGCAGAGAUUUACACUUGGAAUGGAAAGUGGAAUGACCAGGAUUGCACUCAGAAACGUGGCUACAUUUGUCAGAGAAACCCAGUGGUGGAUGUGAACCCCCAGACAUUGCCCCCCGGAAGUAACUUCUCCUUCCCCUCCCCCAGUGGACCCAUAUUGCCACCCUCCCCUCCAAUUAUGUCCACCCCCAGGCUAGGCAGUACCCAGGGAGCCAGCACCACCAACAGGCCAGGAGGCACCACUUUUACUGCCCCUCCUAUCCAAACUCCGAAGGCGUAUACAGGACCUAGUCAAGCAGGAGCAUCUAAAGGCAGUGGUGGAUCCAAAGCUCUAAGUGGCGGCGGUAUUGCGGGGAUCUUGAUUGCGGCGAUUAUUGUCACCAUUGCUGUGAUAGCCAUGCUGGUCAUUUUCAAAAGGAGGCAGAAUGGCGGGGGAGCAGCUCUCGGCUUCGAGAAUACCACAUACAGUUACAAUUCAGAACAGGACAAUGGGAAGCUACAUCUAAACAGUCAUGAAACCGAGUCAUAGACUCAAAGUUUGUGUCCAACAUGGACGCAGCGACUGAAGACUCUUUGUUGUCACGGCAACUGGACUGUGACAAAAGGAUUAUUACUUGUCAUUUUUUUCAUUGUUCACUAUAAAUACUAAGUAUUUAACAAUUAUUAUUUAACAAAGGUGCAAUAUAUUUAUCACAACUUCCCAAGAACUGUACAUAAUUAAUAAACUAAGUGAUGUGUA